UCAGCAACUAUGCUGACAGCCUGCCAGACAGGCAACCAGCUAGGCAACCAGCCAGGCAGGCAACAAGCCAAGGAGGUAACCAGCCAAGGAGGUAACCAGCCAAACAAGCAACCAGCCAGGCAGGCAACCAGCCAAGGAGCUGGUGCCAUGCUGCGUUGGACGACAACACCCAUGUUGAUGGUGGCAGGUAGACUGUAUGGGGUGGCAGUGGCAGGAAGACCAUAUGUGGCAGUGGCAGGAAGACCGUAUGUGGCAGAGGUGACAGGUAGACAAUAUGUGACAGCGGUGGCAGGAAGAGCGUACUGCUCAAGAUGUAUUACAAGGUCACCUCUAGUCACCAAGUCAAAUUUCAGUCUGGGAGCAAAACGCUUGUAUUAUAGCAACAGCAGUACUCAGGAUCCCAGUCUGAGAAGAUUCCUCUUGUAUAAGAGAAUUUUUGCUGUUUCUCUUUUCACUGGCACGUUGGUCUUGGCCUGGUACUUGAGGAAGAAGAAGGGGACCAGACUCAAGGCACUUCUUGAAGAUUUCACCCGGCUUCCCCUCGACAAGUCUCUCUUUGGAUGUGACAUGUCAGUGUAUAGGUAAGAUGACAGAAAUGAAUGUGACAGUCAU